CUGUAUCUAUCAAUAGGUACCGACGAACUGCUGUAGGUUUAACAAAGACACUUAAAGAUUGUUGAAAAAGCUGAGCGUGAAAGGCUCAGUCACCAAAUCAAAGAUUUCUGACGUUAUCACCUCAGAGCGUGACGUCUUUCAGGAGAUUUCCGCUCAGACCUCUCAAGUGGAUUCAUCCAGACAUCCUGCUGUGUUCUGAGACUCCUCGCAGCGUAUUUCAUCGAACAGCAGAUCAGCAGAGACUCAGGACAGCACAGGACUGUGAGGGGUGCGACAUGGAGAAAUGACCCCCAUGGAAGAGCUAAAGCAAGACUUCAGCAGCUACAGUGAGGAUGGCAGCCCCAGUGACAGCUGGUCUUUGUUACAGACCAUGAACUAUGUGGGUCAGUUGGCAGGCCAGGUGUUCGUGCAGGUCAAGGAGCUGUACAGGGGACUCAACCCUGCAACCCUGUCCGGGUGUAUAGAUGUCAUCGUGGUGCGGCAGCCCGAUGGCUCCAUGCAGUGCUCCCCCUUCCACGUCCGCUUCGGCAAGAUGGGUGUGCUGCGGUCCCGUGAGAAAGUGGUGGACAUAGAGAUUAAUGGAGAGCCGGUGAGUUUGCACAUGAAGCUGGGAGAGAAUGGAGAGGCCUUCUUCGUCAGAGAGACCGAGAACACACUGGAAGUGGUUCCGUCCUACCUUGCAACAUCACCCAUCAUGUCAGUGGGGGAGCAGCUGAUGGAGUCCCAGCUCGGCAGGGGCAGUUCUCGUCAUCAUGACACCAUGCCCUGCAGCUCGCUUCCCGUCCAGAGCAUGGGGCCGCAGCAAAGCGACGGCGGGAUGACCAAGAAGAGGAGGAAGAGGAGAAGAAAGGCCCGGCCAGAGGCAGGCGGGGGAGGAGGAGGGAGGAGAGAGGAGAGCGGAGAAGAGUUCUCGGAGGACGAGGACAUGUUUACUAUCGAUCUGAGCUCUGAUGAGGAGAGAGAGGGGGACUGCAGCAGACCUGGUUACGGUGAUCAGGGGUCUACAGCCAGCACGCACACACGGCCCGGCACUGAUUGGACCCGUUCACAGAGUACUGUGAUUAAGGAGACUCUCUCCAUCCCUCCACACUGUGGUCUGUCCAUCUCUUGUCCUCAGCAGACCUCUCACUUCUCUUCCAUUAUUAGCAGCCCCGACGAUUCACGGUCAUCAACACCGAAGAGUGACUCAGAGCUAACCAAUCAGAACAAAGACAACCCUGAGAUGCUGUGGACCUGGGGGGAGCUGCCACAGGCUGCCCAGCCAUCCUUCCUGACAGCCAACCAGAAGCAGGACUCUGUCCCGGCCGUCUCCAUCCCAGUGUCUGCCAGCACUCACUUCAGAGCCAUCAGUGGCACUGGAGCUCCCUCCAUCACUACCUACGCUCCCCAGCCGGAGGAGACCGCUGCUCACGGUAGAGACAAGGACACUGAAGAAUGUAAAAAUGGAGCCAGGGUUGGACUAACCACUAACACCGGGGACGGGGCUGGAGGAGAGCAAGGGAGAGAAGUGGAAAGUGUCGGGCCACUGUGUGCAGAGAUGGAGGGUUUAACGGCCUGCUCGACGUCUCCCAGGAUUCUCCCUGAUCAUCUCGACGAAGGCGGGAACAGAGGAAGUCCCAUCAGAAGAACUGACUCACCAUCCAAGAAGAAAGAAAAGAGAAGCCAACACUUGGGUGCUGAUGGGAUAUACCUGGAUGACAUCACAGAGCUGGAGCCUGAAGUAGCUGCUCUCUACUUCCCCAAAAGUGACGGAGGCAGCAGCUCCAUGAGGGGAGACUCGGAGAUGAUGAUGAUGGGAGUGAGGAGCACCAAUCAGUCCCCGCAGUCAGUGGGUAGCAGCGGCAUGGACAGCGGUGUAGACAGUCUGUCUGACCAAAUAGGCGACCUGCCUCACGUUGCCAUCUCUCUGUGCGGAGGACUCACCGACAACAGGGAGAUCACACGAGAGGAGUUCCAGGAGAGGGCCAUCACCUACCAGCAGUUCUCUGAAAACCCUUCUAUCAUCGAUGACCCAAACCUGGUGGUCAAGAUCGGAAACAAGUACUACAACUGGAGCACAGCAGCUCCCGUCAUGUUGGCCAUGCAGGUGUAUCAGAAACCACUGCCGCAGUGUUGGUGUUUGAGUUACGUGUUUUCUGCCUUCGGCCUCUUCUCGUACUGCCUCCCCGGUCUGUUCGGCUCCGGUCCUGCACAGCCUGCCUCAGUGGAGAACAUCAUGAAGGAGAAGAUGCCAAAGAAAGGAGGACGCUGGUGGUUCUCAUGGAGGAGCAGGAACAGCGACUCCAAAUCAGAAUCAGUGACAGAAGCAGGAGGAGGCCGAGACGAGAGUUCGAUCACGAUGCCCUCAGGGAGCAGGAUGAAGGAUGAGUCGUCCUCCAGUGAUGAGGACCACAGAUCGUCCAAUCAGGCAUCAGCGUCGUGUCAGUCAGAGCUCCUCGUGAGUUCUGGCAGUGUCUACUAUAAGAAGACUCUUCGACUCACCUCAGAGCAGCUGGCCAGCCUACAGCUGAAGGAGGGUCCUAAUGAUGUGGUGUUCAGUGUGACCACCCAGUAUCAGGGCACCUGUCGCUGCAAUGGCACAAUCUAUCUCUGGAGCUGGGAUGAUAAGAUAAUCAUCUCUGAUAUAGAUGGAACCAUCACCAGGUCAGACACACUGGGUCAUAUCCUCCCCACACUGGGUAAAGACUGGACCCACCAGGGCAUCGCACGGCUCUAUCACAAAGUCAGCCAGAAUGGAUAUAAAUUCAUGUACUGCUCGGCGAGGGCCAUCGGCAUGGCUGAUAUGACUCGAGGCUACCUGCACUGGGUCAAUGAGAGGGGAACCAUGCUGCCAAUGGGGCCGGUGCUGCUCAGCCCCAGCAGCCUUUUCUCUGCGUUGCACAGGGAGGUGAUUGAGAAGAAACCGGAGAAGUUUAAGAUCGCAUGUCUCACAGACAUAAAGAACCUUUUCUACCCAAACACUGAACCUUUCUACGCUGCUUUCGGCAACAGAGCUACGGAUGUAUAUUCCUAUAAGGAGGUGGGUGUUCCUCUGAACAGGAUUUUCACUGUCAAUCCCAAAGGGGAGCUGGUUCAGGAGCACGCCAAAACCAAUAUCUCCUCCUACGGCCGUCUGUGUGAGAUGGUCGACCACGUCUUCCCGCUCCUAGCUCGAGGUCAAGGAGCAGACUUCUCCUGCUCCGACACCUUCGGCCAGUGCAACUACUGGAAUGAACGUCUUCCCGAGGGCACCAGCCAGGAGGAAGAGGAGGAAGACCCACAUCCACUUGUGACAAGCUGAGGAAAACCCCACAUCAAAUCCAGCACUUAGGACGCUGCAUUCCAGCUUUUCUCCACAUCCCAGUAAGGCAUGACACUGUGCCCGGUGGUUUUGGGAUUCAUCGUGAAGCCAGCAGCCCAGAUCUAAGGGUGAAGGUGCUGAUUAUUUCCGAAUCAAAAAACUUAGGAAACAGCCAUCAAGCAUUUCCUCAGACUUAACCUGAUUGAUAAGCAAGACGUUACUUGAGACACUUCUGUCAUUCAAAGUAGGUGAAUGUGUCUUCAGUAUCCCACAUGAACAAAUCACCUCGCCAUCAUUCAGACGUAGAGGUCCAUUACGAGAGGGACUGCUGAGUCAGAAGAAAAGAGAGGAAGAAAAGGAAAAAGAAAAAGAAGUCCCCAGCUCACAUAUCACACAUCUGCAUCUACACUGGCGCACAGGGAAAACAAAGGUAAAACUUGUGAAGUCAUUCCAUAGACCACGCAUAACAAUGCAGAACAUCAGUACGAUAUAACAGUUACUGUAUAUUAUAUUUUAGCACCCUAAAAUAUUCUGUUACUAAUCUCUCCUGCAUCUCACACCAUUAUUCAUUUACGUCAGCUUGUAGAAAAAGCUGCCAAACAAAGAGGGGUGAACACCAAUAUGAGUGCAAUAUCGAUUUGUCCCUACUUUCAUCACCUGAUACUGAUUGUUUUUCAGAAUACUAUGCUAAACAUGUGUUUAUGCCUAUCUUGCCCUGCAGAGAUUUUAUGCGAUUACUCGUUCGAAAUGAGCAGAUAAAGUGAUUUGAACGAGUACCAUCCAAGUAAAAUGUGUCUAUAUCUGCUCUCGUGAUGAGUGAAAAUCCUCAUGUGUAACUGAUCAAAGUUUAAUUCUCUUCUUCUUGUGAUCAUUAAUCUGAAGCUCAGCUCUGAGGUUUCCUGUAAAGUCAUACAGUCAUACAGAUUUCUUUUCUGUAAUUUCCCCCUCCAAGGAUUAAAUCCUGCCCAUUUCGAGUACAGAUAUGGAUACAGAUAAUUUACUUGACUGAACAGAUACAGAUAGUGGAGUACUCGCUCAUCCCUUCUUGAACCCUUCGGUACAUCCUAAAGUACAGCCUCAAUUGUUGAAAAUCAAUUUUCAGAAUCUCAAAUCAGCCUGAUGGUGCAUCACUUAUUUCUAAUCUUGUUUAGAAGUACCAGCUUAUUUCACUCAUCACAUGCAAUAUGUUCACCAAACAGUUAGUACAGACUCAGAAUCUUGGCUGAUAUAUUUCCAGGUCCAGAUAUGUGGCUGUGUUUUUUCUUUUCUGACCUCAAAGUGCAGCAGAAACACCUCACACCACAUUACAUUUCAUUACAUUACAGUUAAAAAAAAAAACAAACAAAAAAAACCAUGCAAAAAUAGCACAGAUAGUGUAUCCAAUCAUCUUCUAUGCCAAUAUCCUUUUGCAGGUUCCGGUUUAACGUGUGUGGUCUAAUCCGACCGUGCUACUGUGAAAGAUGUGGCUCCGACACAUUUUCUAACUAGUGUUCAGUGACAAUACUCAAGAUAAAUGCAGGACAAUGCAAUUAACUUCUGUUUUUAUACGUACGAAUAAGUUAACACCAGUGAUAUGCUAGAAUGUAGUGUGUGAAUCACUCAGAGUGUGUGUUAUUCUAAUGACUAAUGCUCAUCAAUGCAAUGACUGUAUAACCCCACACAGGACUGCGGUCAGAUAUUUUCAGUUUUAUAAUGUUACUGCGCCGAUCGGUAUGUUUUUCAUGUACAGAACUAAUCUGUCCCCGUAGUGGAGGAUUUUAAUGCAGCACAUUCAGAGAAUGUUCCUCCUCACAAACACGUCUAUUUGUUGUCGUUUGUGUAUCUUUUUUCUUUCCUGAUCGAAUGUUUAUGUUUUCAUCCGUUGAUCAAAAUCACAUCUAUUGUACUGCAUCUAUGUUUGUUUUUACCACACGCACAACUUAAAAAUGGGGGAAACCACUGUAAAUAACAAAUACCAUUCAUUUUUGUGACAAUGUAAGUAAAUUUAAAAAAAAAAAAAAAAAGGUGCAAUCUGUAAAAAUUGGCUCCCUGGCAAAUUCGUAAGCAGCUUUUAGUAGGCUCAGUCAUGCAGCUAGCAGUCCGGACUGAGAGCUCUGGACAGGGAUGGGCCAGGGACGUCAUAACGACAAAACAGAGAACAGAGACAGAUGUGCAGCUGAAAAAAGAGUUGAUUUACAACCAACAAACUCAGAAGCAGGAUGGAGUGGCUUAAUGGCAGCAAAGUGAGGUUCCAGAGACGCAGAGUAGACUGCAGGCUGAGCAGAGAGACGCUGGAGGAUCAGCACAGGAGGAGAGAGGGGAAAAAAAAUACAAAGCACUGAACGCUGUCCAUGCUAGAAAAUGACUCGAGCACAACGUAGCUGGUGGUCACUAGAAUGACACUGAGAAAACUACUGAGACUGAGAUGUGAGUGUGAGGUUUAUUCGCUGAGCUUGACCGAACAUCUGGCACUGGAGUUGUGGAGAGAACAGGGUCAUGAAGAGGCCGUUGAUGAGAUGAUCAGGAACCAGGAAGCCACUCCAACGAACACAAACACACACACACACACACACACACACACACGAGAAGCUAAGGGAAAAACAAAAAAAUACAGGAACAAAACAAAAGAAAUAUCCUACGUAUUACACCUUUUAAUAACAAAAGCUCUGCUGUUCUUUCGGGAGCUGAUCCAUCAUCCAUUACUUUUCCUUUUGCUUAUGCUUACCCUUUUCGAGGGCUGGUAUAUUGUUUAAAGACUUUGUUACUGGUGCUCAAUUAUUUGCACUGACGGCCAUUUUUAUGCUUUACGGUAAAUGUCUUUUGUAAGCCAGCUGUUGCACUAAGAUGUGGCAGUGACCGCUGGAGCGAUACAUCAAUAUGAAGGUAUUUUAGACAAAAAACAAUAGAUGCUUCUUUUCUAUUAAACCUGCAUCAUUUUGUUUCAUUUGGUGCCUCUGAUUUACACACUGACAGUAAGAUCACGAGCAUGAUGUGCAAACUACAACCUGCUCGGUGUGUGUACACGUUAAAACAUACAGAAGUUAGUUGAAAGAGUCUUGCAAGAGAAUGCCUGACAGCCUCAAGAAAAAGAGAAGAACGAUAUUUCUACUAGCUGAUUUUAAAAAAAUCUGAAUUAAAAAAAAAGUUAUUCUUAAAUUAAUUUACCAGAUUUUAGUUAGAAUCUAACAAGGAUAUUUGUAAUCUAAUAUGAAUGUGUACUUUAUGGAAACAAGUCAAAUUAAACGGCAGAAUACUGUGAACAAGCUCACAGACUGAGUUUGUCAUACUUUAUAUGCUACUCUUUGUACAUAGGAUAGAUACGUCUGAUGCUGUACCGUGACUGUGAUUGACUUUGCCAAAAAAAAAAGGAAAACUAAUCAGGAAUGAACCUUUUAAUCGGAUCUCAAACUAUUGAUGUUGAAAUGCCUUUAGGAGGGAGUCCAGUGUAAUUUGUGUGAGAGGUAAAGACACAAAGGAAGCAUGUUGUUGUAGUGUUAAGAUGCAUAUUGACAUGGAUGUACUGAUUACUGUCUUGUGCCACAUGAUAAUUUUAGGGAAGAACCAAAAAAAGAAAAAAAAAGACAAAGAUUAAUUUGGUUUCUGUGUCUCAUAGUAACAGAAUUAUUUCCCCGCUGUCAUCACAGUGCCACUGUAAAGUUGUAUAUUAUUCACUGAUAACACGCUCUGAUCUGUGUGACGUCAGUGUCCUUUAUUUAUCCACUCAUCAUGACAUUAUUUUGUGAUAACAGCACAAAAGAUUUCCUAAUCUUCUGUUAUAAAAUCUGGAAGUCAAAAGGAAGUGAAGAUGAUUUUUUUAUUUUUUAUUUUUAAUGAACGGCACGCUCUUCCCAGAUUUUUAGAGUAAGUCAUCUUUUGGAUGAUUAUCACCUGAUUCUUUCUGUGAAAGAUCUAUUAAAAGUCUUCAACCAUUUAUCCAGUCCGUCUCUGUGUUGACAUGGAUGUUGAUCCAGUUUGUUGUCCCGUGUAGAGGUUAUGUUUUGGGGCCGGGAGCCUUCUCCCAGAGCAGUGUGCAGUGCAAACUAUUGUUAACAAUGUAGUUUGAAUGAAUCUGUGCAACAGACACAUUUUUCAAUAAACUCAAAGUGGUUGCUA